AUGAUCGCCCGCGCUGCCACCCGCACCACCUCCAUGGUCGCCCGCCGAGGCUUCCACACCACCCGCCCUCGCAUGUCCUCGCCCUACCACUACCCCGAGGGCCCCUACUCCAACUUGCCCUUCAACCCUCGCAGCAAGUACUUUGGUGCCGGCUACUGGACCUUCAUGACCGUUGGCUUCUUCGCUCCCUUCGGCAUUGCUGUCUACCAGACCUACAAGACCCAGUAA